UAAGCCAUAACAUAAUCAAGCCGAUCCGAUCCCUAUCCAUACACUUCUGCAAAUUUUGGUUUCUGAACAAGUUGGUGAACCGCUCCAAGUUCAGUAUGCUUUCCACUCGAAUUCUUGCUACAAGGUUCUCUCAUUUAUGGUUGAACAACUCUGCAAAAAGCUUGCCUCGGUCCCUUGGUUCCCGGCUGGCGUCAUCCGAUUCAACUCAAGUCGUCGACUAUGUGCCAGAAGACGCCGACGCUGCUCUGAGAGAUCCUGAUGAAGCUAAAAAAGAGAAGCAGCUUGCUGAAGUUAUCACUAUUGACACGCCAAUGGACAUCUCAAGCCUUACCGGCGUACCUGAAGAGCACAUAAAAACACGACGUGUGCGCAUCUUCAUCCCUGCCCGCAAUGCCAUGCAGUCUGGAACCUACAAUACGCAUAAAUGGAAGAUGGAGUUUGACAUACGUGAACGUUGGGAGAACCCACUCAUGGGCUGGUCCUCCACGGGCGAUCCCCUGUCCAACAUGAACUUGGAUUUUGCAUCCAAGGAGUCUGCCAUGGCAUUUUGUGAGAAGAAUGGUUGGGAAUACUAUGUUGAUGAGCCUGCACCAAAGAGACCACCACGAAGGAACUAUGGUGAUAACUUCUCCUGGAACAAGAGAACGAGGGUGUCUACAAAAUAAUUUGAUGCCAGACAGAAGGUUUCAAAAAAUAUGGUUAGCAAGAUAGAUGCCUGACAAAUAAAACUGCCUCAACUCCGUU